UCCCAUCUCGUGAUCCUGUCAAGAGAAACAUCAGAGAAGGCAGCAGCAAAUCAAACCAAUGUCCCUUCAAUGCCCUGUUCUGCCUGCUGCAGUGAGGAGUGUGCCUGCUAAUGUGGAGGGAUGUGCCAGCACUUCUGUGAUUAUGUGGCCAGCUGUACGGUGUCACACCCAGAAGAAGUUGUGAGGUAUAUUGGAGUGGAUCUGAAAGUGAUAUAGGAAAGAGUUGCUUCUGGGAAGAGAAGCCUCCCUGCAAGGCCAACCCUGAAGAUGUGGACUACCAUUGUAUUCUUCCUGCUGAUUUCCUUCUGUUUAUGUGAAUACAGACUUUCUGUCCUGAAAGGGAAAGGAAUCCAUGUGGUGCAAAUAAAAAGGCUUACAAGUGAAAAGCAGUGCAGGCAGGCUUGUCAAGGCCCGGGUGCUUCAGGUAGCCAUCGCUGUAAUUGGUCUGUGCCCUACCAGAAUUGCUGCAUCCUCUUGCAGUGUCACCAGCUGAGCGUGUGUCAGAAUACUGGAGAGCAAGGUGUCAAAGAUCUGCUUGGAGAAAUUGUCAUUGGGAAAAGGGGAACGGUCCUGUUUCACUACCAAAGCCAUCCACGGAAAAAGGAGAGGAUAGUGGAUACCUGGGUUGAUCAAAACAAUGUGGAAAACCAGUUUUCCUCAACUGCUUGGAUUCACAAGAUUCACUUGAGACGCUUGCUUGAGAGUGAAGAUGUAACAACAAAUGCAAGAAAAACAAUUGCAAGUCAUGCCACCACUGUAACAGCAAAUGUGACAAAUGCAACUGGUCUCAGUACAACUCCUGAAACAACUGCCAAAGUCUCAAACAGCACUGAAGGUUCUGAUCGCCCUGCUGAAGCUGUGUCAUUCACUGCCUUUUCUGCCACUUCUGGUAACAUCCCUGCUUCCACUUCCAGCCGUGUUGCCAAGCUUGUGACCACCACUGAAAAAUCAGGAACUAGUACCACUGAAAAAUUAGGAACUAGUACCACUGAAAAAUUAGGAACUAGUACCACUGAAAAAUCAGGAACUAGUACCUCUGUCUCAGUAUUGUCCCCUACUUCCACUCCCCUCAUGGUCAUUCCUCAAGCAGGGACUCAAGUGGUUCACACAAAGCAGUUUACACUGGCCGUCACCAGCAUUCCCCACUCUGUUAGCCCCACCACUGCUGAAGCUGACCCACAGACACUGAGCACAUUGACCACCCUCGUCUCACAUGAUGCAGAAACAUCUUCUGCUCGUGCCACGGUACUCGCCCCCUCAGAGAAUUCCCAGCCUGUGAACCCACUGCCUACUAAACCUUUGCAUCCAGAGCCAGAAGCAACUACAGCCACAACAUUCCUUAGUAAAUCUACUUCUCUUCUGGGCUCUACAAGAGGUGCCAUGGUUUUAACUACUGCACCUACAGCAGAAACUACAGCUCAAUAUGGGAUAGAGCCAACACCUCACAUUUUUUCAACAACCAUGACUCCAGAAGAUAUGCCCAAAACAACAGUUUCAGGCCUUUCAGAAACUCGUGACGUGGACAAUGAGUAUCUUCUCAUUGCUGCUGAGCCCCUGACUCAAUACUUAGUGGAUAAAAGUUCACUUCUUGCAGUGCUUUUAGUUGGCAUGGUUUUUUUCAUAACUGUUGUAGUUCUUCUCCUUAUGCAGGCCUACGAGAGCUACAAGAAGAAGGAUUACACCCAAGUGGAUUACCUGAUCAAUGGAAUGUAUGCGGACUCAGAGAUGUGAAAGGGUGGAGGUCAAAUGGUGGGCAGAGAGAUGGAAAGAUUGAAAGGCUGCCUGGCUUGUUUGUCUUUCCGAUUUGCCUGUAACACAAGCUGAAAGUGCUUCCAAAUUUACUUUCUAGUGCAAUUGAGGAGAAAUGCCAUGUAUUACAUUAAGAAAAAUAAUAUUUUUUUAUUCAACCACACUACAGGUUGCUGUAAAAAAGUCAUUUUUAAAACUUCUAUAAUGCAAAAUAGCUUUGGCUGUUAUUUUUUCAUUGCAGAACAAGCCUAACAAGGGGUAAGCCAUCCUUCUUGGAAAAUGCUGUGGCGCUUUUAUACACUGUUUACAGUGCAGGUUCCUUGUUUCAUUUAUUUCAUUUGUGCUCCUGAAACCAGAGUAAAAGUUGUUCUCACCUAUUGCAAAGCACUCUGAAAUAGCCAGACAAGAAGUAUGGAGUGUUGCUGCAACAAGAAACUUUCAAUUCAAUAUGUAUCAUGUUUCAGUAUUCUUCUUGCUUGUAAAGAAGUCUGUUUACAAGGCAUUGUAAACUGUUUACAAUUAACCCAAGAUAUCUUUUCACCAUGGAGCAGAUUACUCUUAUUUUUGUAUUCACUUAAUAAAUUAGG